AUGGAGGGCUGGAACACGUCUCCGACCAACAGCACGGCCUAUCAAGUUCCGCUGGUGGACGGCAGCAGCGGCCAAUCGCAGUUCACGGGGCUGGAGCUGAUCCAGUCGUACAAGCCCCUCAUCGUUCCCUGCUACGUGCUGGUGGUCUCCAUCGGGAUCUUCGGCAACUACCUUCUUCUCUACGUCAUCUGCAAGACCAGGAAGAUGCACAACGUCACCAAUUUCUUCAUCGGCAACCUGGCCUUCUCCGACAUGCUGAUGUGCGCGACCUGCGUGCCGUUCACCCUCGCCUAUGCCUUCCACCCGCGAGGGUGGGUCUUCGGCAAGUUCAUGUGCUACUUCGUCUUCCUCAUGCAGCCGGUGACAGUCUACGUGUCCGUCUUCACCCUCACAGCCAUUGCUGUGGACAGAUAUUAUGCCACCGUGCACCCAUUGAAGAAGCGCAUCUCCAUUGGGACCUGCACCUACAUCCUGGCCGGAAUCUGGCUCCUGUCCUGUGGCCUGGCAGCGCCCGCGUUUGCGCAUACCUACCACAUCGAGUUCCGGGACCAAGACCAGACCAUCUGCGAGGAGUUCUGGGUGAGGAAGGAGAAGGAGCACCUGGCCUACGCCUACAGCACCCUGAUCAUCACCUACAUCCUCCCGCUCUCGGCUGUCUCCCUGUCCUACCUCCGCAUCACCCUGAAGCUGAAGAACCGCGUGGUCCCCGGGAAUGCCACGCAUGGCCAAGAGAGGUGGGAGAAGGUGAGGCGCAGGAAGAUAUUCCGGCUGCUGGUGCUGGUGGUGACUGUGUUUGGCGCCUGUUGGCUCCCUCUUCAUGUCUUCAACAUCAUCCGCGAUAUUGACAUCAGCCUAAUCAACAAAGAGUAUUUCAACCUGAUCCAGCUCCUGUGCCACUGUUCUGCCAUGACAUCCGCUUGCUGUAAUCCCUUCCUCUACGCCUGGCUCCACGAUCGGUUCAGGGCGGAGCUGAAGAAGAUGUUCGCCUGCAAGAAGAAGAUUGUCCCAACUAACAACUGCAUUGCAGUGAGCGUCGUGUUAUGA